AUGAUAUCGGGCAUUGACCGACCUGGUCAAACUCCCACCAUGAAUCGUCUUCCAGUAUCGAGCCUUAUGUCGCCCCCCGACACGAAGCCACUGGAUAGUUUCCAGUCAUCUCCUUUCCCCAAGGACUCUUCUACUCUAGAGAUGAAACUUCCUCCCAUCUCAGCUGAUCGCAAGCGCACUCAAUCGGAAAUGGAUCUACCCUCGCCCCCCGUGACUCCAUACACGGGCGCGAAGCAAGCACGCUCUCACUCUUCGGAGAAUAUUGAGCGUGAUGUCGGAUCCACACGCGAUCCUGUCCUGUUUCCUCGCCAUGAAUCCUUGACUGGAACUACAGAAGAACCACUCUUUGGUCCGGUUCAUCCACCCACAGCCGAGGCCCUUGUCGAGCAACAUAUGAACUCACACAUGGCUCAGUUUGUAAACAAGCGCAGCAAACCAACGCGUGAUGAGUAUCUACUUGCCUUGUCCUGUGUACCCAUUGUCUCGACUCAGUACAACCGCAACCCAGCGGCGUGGGCCCGAGAGGAGAGAGAGACGCUGGAGCGCCAGCUGAUCUUGAUGAAUCGCCACCGACCAGGAGAUCUGGAGGCCAAGCUGAAAAAGCUUGCCCCUGCUCCCGUAAAGAAGACUGGUGUGGCCCCUAGGGUGUCUCGCCCACGAGUCAAGCGUACCCCCAAAUCUACCCCUAAAUCGCAGACACUGGAUACAUUUGACUCUUCACCGACAUCUAAACCACGCGCCUUGGGCACUAACAGAGAUGACACGGACUACAAUGCCCUCCCUGACUAUUCCCCGCCUUUGGAAACUUUGGGUACCAACGCCAAGGCCUUGAAAGCCGACUGGAAAGGUCAGAUGUUGGAUUUGAGCAAUGACGCGGACAGACAUCUCCUGAGUCCAGCGGAGCUCAAUCUGGCUUCCACCCUGAGAUUGUCUUGCGCCACUUAUCUCUGCAGCAAGCGCAGAAUCUUCGAGGGUCGUGUGCGAGCAUUGCAAGUGGGUAAAGAGUUCCGCAAGACAGAUGCUCAACAGGCUUGCAAGAUCGAUGUCAACAAGGCCAGCAAACUCUGGACCGCCUAUGAACGAGUUGGCUGGUUCAACCCAGAGUUUUUCCGCCAUCUCUGA